AAGUUGCGGGCGUGCGAUGGGCAAGAAGCAGGCGCCGGGGCUGGGGCGCGCCCUCCUCCGCGGGGGUCGGGGAGGCCGCGCGGCCGGGGCGGGAUGGCGCCACGCGAGCGAGCUGGGCGACGGGGGCCGCGCCGCCCCGCCGCAGUCCGUGACGGAGCAGAGCCCCCUGGAGGCCUUCCUGGCGGCGGCGGAGCUGGCGGGGGCCGCGUUCGUGGCAGAGAAGCUGAACGUCCGCCUGGCCCCCGGCGAGGCUGCGGAGGAAGCCGGCCAGCUGCGGGAGCGGGAGGAGCGGGUCCUGCGCAUCCCCAGGAGGCCCCCGUGGGACAAGCACACAACCCCUACAGUGCUAAACAAAGCCGAAAGAGACAGCUUCCUGAGGUGGAGGAGGCAGCUUGCUUGGCUAGAGGAAGAGGGGGAACUCCUGUUGACCCCAUUUGAACGAAAUUUGGAUUUCUGGCGUCAGCUCUGGAGAGUCCUUGAGAGAAGUGAUGUUGUGGUUCAGAUCGUGGAUGCCAGGAACCCGCUCCUGUUCAGGUGCCGAGAUCUGGAGUGCUACGCCACAGAAAUCAGUCCUGAGAAGGAGAACCUCAUCCUGCUCAACAAAGCAGACCUGCUGGGUGAGGAGCAGCGCUCGGCCUGGGCACAAUUUUUCAAGAAGGAAGGUGUCCAAGUGGUCUUCUGGUCAGCCUUGGUGGAGGGGAAACAGCUGGUGGCCAAUGCUAAGGAGGUGGAAAAUGUAGAAGUGCCAGACCCGGUUGGCAAGGGUGCCAGCCAGAGGGAGGAGCAGAGAACCGGCAGAGAGGCCGAAAUCCCCCUCGGCUCUCAGCGGGAGUCUCCUAGGGGCGAAGAGCAAGAAAGUGACCCGGAGGAAGACUGUGAUGUGUAUGAGGACUGUGAAGAGGAGGAGGAGGAAGCCUGGCUGACCUGCUCUGAAGAUGGGGAGAGCAGGACCACCAUCGAGCCCCUGGGGAGAAGCAGGGCUGAGACCCCACAGCCAGGACCCCCUCGGGGUCACCCUCUCAGAAACAGCAGCCGCUUGGUCCAAAGAGAUGAACUCCUGGAGAUAUUUAGAUCAGUUCAUGCUGGGAAGAAGAAGGUCAAAGAGGGGGAGCUCACUGUUGGCUUGGUGGGCUACCCCAAUGUAGGGAAGAGCUCCACCAUUAAUGCCAUCCUUGGGAAGAAGAAGGUGUCUGUGUCGGCCACGCCAGGACGCACAAAGCACUUCCAGACGCUCUACGUGGAGCCUUCCCUUUGCCUUUGUGACUGCCCUGGCCUGGUGAUGCCCUCCUUUGUCUCCACCAAAGCCGAAAUGAUUUGCAGUGGCAUCUUGCCCAUUGAUCAGAUGCGGGACCAUGUCCCCCCCAUUGCUCUCAUCUGCCAACGGAUCCCUCGGCCCGUCUUGGAGGCAACCUAUGGAAUCCGCAUCAUCCGGCCACGUGAGGGUGAGGACCCUGACCGGAUGCCAACAUCAGAGGAGCUUCUCUCAGCCCUUGGCCGCAUGAGGGGUUUCAUGACGGAUCACGGACAGCCAGACCAGCCACGCUCAGCCCGUCACGUACUGAAGGACUAUGUCACGGGCAAGCUGCUGUACUGCCACCCACCUCCGGGCAUGGAUCCCCAGCACUUCCAGCUCGGGCUCGAGCGGCUUUAUUCAAGCAAGGGAGCAGCAGCAGCAGCACGCAAUGAGGAACAGUGGCCCGGCAGGGAUCCCAAGGCGAGGCAGAUUGACAGCACAGUGGACUUGGCCUUUUUCCACCAGGAGAGUGUCCAGGCCCUGACCCGAGGCACCCGGGCUGGAGCGGGCCACGGAGCAGGGACGGCCACCCACAGCCCUUCCGGACCCAACUCGGCCAAUGGAGCGGGGAAGCCUUGGAAGAGACACAGGAACAGGAACAAGAAGCAGAAGCUCCGCCGUCUCACCAGGCACCUGGAGCUGUAAGGGCGGGAAGCCCGGGAGGACACAGAGGUGGCGCC